AUGGCACUUUUGCCACCGAAUACAAGGAAACAGCAGCAAUCAUUUCUUGCUGCAUCCUUCUCUUCUUCUUCCUCACCACACCAGACUCCAAACAAGGCUGAGGGAGAAGAAGACAUGCCUAAGCUAUGCACUUAUGGCACUCCCAGUCUUCUUCCGGCCUACCUCUUGGAGGACUUCAUCUCCUUGUGCACCUUCUUCACCUCCCAUCCCUUGCACUUGGCCUACUUGCUGCUCUUCUUACCUUACCUUCUCCACUUGCUCUCGUUCCUCUCUCCCCUCCUCCUCUCUACUUCGAUCCUCCUGUUGGUUCUCCUCACGGUCUCCCCCUACCUAGACGAGGCGCCUCCGGCGGCGGCGCCACCGGAUUUCCUCGGUAGAACUUGCUGCGUCGUCCUCGACGUUCUCAAGGACAAGCUCCAAGACAAUGGGGAACUCGACCUGGUGGAGCAGUUUACGUCGAUGGUUCUGUCACCGAUCGAUAAUACCAGGCCAUUUGGUGAGCUCGUGGAGGGCGCUUGUUCUGGUCAUGAAGCAGAGGAGAGGCAUCCAGGUCAGGUAGGGAGCGGAGAAAGCAGAACUCCAGCCACGGAUGGCGAGAACCUCGUACCCAUUAAUGGAGUAGCAGAGCAUCCCAAAGGGCGUGAAGCUGUGGAGCACAAGCCGGGGGCAGGAGAACAUCUAACAAGAUCCAUGUCGGAGAGAAGAACGCACAGCAUCAGUGGAACCACCGAGAGUCUUCAGAGGUAUGGAUCGGUGAGGAAGGAGAGAGAGUGGAAGAGGACAUUGGCUUGCAAGCUCUACGAGGAACGAAUGACGCACAAGCUGUACAAACAGGGCAAGGUGGGCGAAGGUGGCCAAGAGAUGGAUCUGCUCUGGGAGGCGUACGAGGCUAAUGCUGGUGAGGCAGGCGCUCGAAAGAAGAAGGCGAAGAAGAAAGCAAAGAGAGCUGAUGUUGGAGAAGAAGAAGAAGAACAAGAGGAAGCAGCAGUCGGGCAAUUGUGUUGCCUUCAAGCACUGAGGCUAUCUGCUGGUAAGAUGAACCUGGGAAUGAGGAAACACAAUUUGAUGAAGAUAUCUAAAGUUCUAAAGGAAAUGAAGAUGUUUCAUAGUGGCAGUAAGUCAUAAAAUUUAGCUAAUAAAUGAUCUGUUAAUUCUGUAAAAAGAAAUAUAGUGCUAUCUAUCAGAAUAUUUUAGUUGCUCUUUGAAGUAUUACCCAA